AGCGGCGCCGCGGGCCGGGAGCCCGGCGCACCGGGCAUGCUCAGUGGCGCGGCCGGCUGGGUGGCCCCGCGAGCUGCACCCGGAUCUGCUCGGCGGCGGCGGCGGCGGCGGCGGCGACGACGUGAGCGCGCAGGGGGGCGGCGGCCUCGCCUCGUCUCUCUCUCUGCGCCUGGGUCGGCUGGGUGACGCCGCGCGCCAGGGAGAUGUCGGAUUUCGACAGUAAUCCCUUUGCGGAUCCGGAUCUGAACAACCCCUUCAAGGAUCCAUCAGUUACGCAGGUGACAAGGAAUGUUCCACCAGGACUUGAUGAAUAUAAUCCAUUCUCGGAUUCUAGAACACCUCCACCUGGCAAUGUGAAAAUGCCUAAUGUACCCAGCACACAGCCAGCAAUAAUGAAACCAACAGAGGAACAUCCAGCUUAUACACAGAUUGCAAAGGAGCAUGCCUUGGCUCAGGCUGAACUUCUUAAGCGCCAGGAAGAACUAGAAAGAAAAGCAGCAGAAUUAGAUCGUCGAGAGCGAGAAAUGCAGAACCUCAGUCAACAUGGCAGAAAAAAUAACUGGCCACCUCUUCCUGACAAUUUUCCUGUGGGACCUUGUUUUUAUCAGGAUUUUUCUGUAGACAUUCCUGUAGAAUUCCAAAAGACAGUGAAGAUUAUGUACUACUUAUGGAUGUUCCACGCUGUGACACUGUUUCUAAAUAUCUUCGGAUGCUUGGCGUGGUUUUGUGUUGAUCCUGCAAGAGGGGUUGAUUUCGGAUUGAGUAUCCUGUGGUUCUUGCUUUUUACUCCUUGUUCAUUUGUCUGUUGGUACAGACCACUUUAUGGAGCUUUCAGGAGUGACAGUUCAUUCAGAUUCUUUGUAUUCUUCUUCGUCUAUAUUUGUCAGUUUGCUGUUCAUGUACUCCAGGCUGCAGGAUUUCAUAAUUGGGGCAACUGUGGUUGGAUUUCAUCCCUUACUGGUCUCAACAAAAAUAUUCCUGUUGGAAUUAUGAUGAUAAUCAUUGCAGCACUUUUCACAGCAUCUGCAGUCAUUUCACUAGUUAUGUUUAAAAAGGUACAUGGACUAUAUCGGACAACAGGUGCUAGUUUUGAGAAGGCCCAACAAGAGUUUGCAACAGGUGUGAUGUCCAACAAAACUGUCCAGACUGCAGCUGCAAACGCAGCUUCAACUGCAGCUACUAGUGCGGCUCAGAAUGCUUUCAAGGGGAACCAGAUUUAGAGAAUCGGCAGACAAAACACUGUUAACUUUUGACUGUACUUUUUUCUCGAGUUACUGUAUUCUAUAAAUAUUUUUAUGUUCAAUACACACACACACACACACACACACACACACAGCAUGUAUAUUUCCUAUUCACUUGUGCAUGGGAUAAAACAGAAAAACUUCCUUGUCUUAUUAUUUACCUAAGUUUCCUGACUUUUCAGUGCCCCUUGCUGGAAACAAUUACGUGCUGAAUAUUCUCCAUAUUUUUUGGGGGAUGAAUGCUCAUCAAAUUAUUUCAGUGGUGACACACUGAAUGAUACCUACUACAGAUGCUUUUAGUACUAGCUGCGGUCAUUCCAGAAUCUUAGACUUCACAGAUUACACAUUGAAGAAGUAAAGUGAAGCUUCAUUUCUCUUUCAUAUUUAUAUUGAAAGAAAUAGGCUGCCAGAGACUUGUAGAUUUUUACAUCCGCUUGCUUUUCAGCAGCUCAGUCACCAUUGAAGAGCCUAUGUGCAUUUCAUAGCAGAUAAUAUAAAUUUUAUUUUAUUUUAUUUUCCUUUCCUUUUUUCUUUUUAGAAUAGUUGGUAUUUUGAUAUCAGUCUCUGAUCUUGCAUGGGUACCAUGUUUCUUAAACUAAAAUUAGCAUUUUGGGUUCUGCACUGCUUGUUGUAGGGUUGAAAAGGUGUUUAUAGGACUACAGAAAUGAUUUUCUCUUAAUAGUUUCAUCUAACUAAAAAUUCUAUGGGAUGCAGUAUGAGAAUAUAGCAUACGCAGUGCAUUAUCCAAAAGAAAAGGUAGUUAAUUGAUGGAAUAGAUUGUAGUGAUAAUACCUUUCUAAAAAAAUUUUUCAGUAUUCAUAUCAUAGUAAAAAUAUUAUUGUAUGGAUACUUUGGUAUUCUUGUGGUUACUCUUUUUCAUUGAACUGCGAUUGUGUUUGGCAGCUCUUUUUGGAGGUGUAUGUAAUUUUUAACAGGUAUUAAAGUCUAGCCUAAUUAUUUGUCCAAAAAGAACAUACAGUAUUUAAGAGAUUUAUCUUUUAGUUUCUCAGCUCUAGUGGCAUUAAAAAUAAAGACCUUGGCUUUCUACAUAUAAUUGAAUCCUUAACACACCUCAGUCUAUUUUUGAGACAGACCGAAUAAUUAACAUUUUUCAGCAGUGGAGAAAUAAAAUAUUAACUUGCACCAAAAAAGAAGAUACAGAUUCAGUUGGAUGUAUUAAUAUGAGUAGAAUCAUCUCAAAAUUGUUGCUGUGCAAGUAUGGAAGUUCAGAAAGUUUGAAACAUUUUUAAUACUGAUUAUUUAAAGACACUUGUAAAAUUUUCUGUUUUAUAAGUCAUCAGCUAAAGAUUGCAGAAUGAUAAAUGAUUUAUGUAAUUUCAUUUUUAAAAGAGUAGUGGGUUGGGUCACAUUAUUGAAAUUUUCAGAUUGUUUCAGAAAAUCAGAUGGUCACAAAUGGUUAAGUCACUUCAUUCACCUUGAAUCUUGAGGUUAGAAGAGUUCCAAACUGGGAGGUAGGACUGUGAUUUCUCAUUAUUUAUGAAAGAAGCUUUGUUGAUACAUCAGGUAAUGCAAAACCAUCCAGAUGAUGAAUGCAUUUAAUUUGGGACUUUAUUGAAAUAAUAUACUUAGGAUUUUUUUCUUUCAUUCUGAAGAUACUAGAAUUCAGAAUGUUGUUUUUAUGAUUAUUUCCAAUCAUUGAUACCUACCACCUACUUUUUGAACCAAGGUAGUUGUAUAAUUUUAUUGAAAAUCUUUCAUCUGUGUGCUUCAUUGUGGAUUUUAUAAAUGUUUAAAACACUAGUCACAAAAUACAAGAGCACUGAUACAUCUACCAUUAGUUUAUAUUUCAAGUUUAUUUUUCUUUUUUUUCUAAGCUAUAAGUAAAAAAUACAAAAACUGAAAUAUUACUGAGAUGCUUUCCUCCAGAUAAAGAAUGUUUUACUAUAUGGAAAUUCCCACAGGUAGCAGUGUUACAUAGUAAGGAAUAAUUACCACCAAUUAUACUCUUUCUGUAUGGGUGGGGGAAAGUGGUUUUAAUCCAGUUAUUUGGGUUAAUUCAAGCUAAAGAGUGAAAAUUAUGUUUUUUAAAAGCAAAUGUGCAUUACAAAGAUUACAAGGCUUAUAGUUAAUCAGUCAUAGGGGCUUUCAAUUCCUUCUCAGUGGUAAUCAGUAAUUGUCAUAUUUCCACUCAGUAAAUAAGGCAUUAGCUUUUUUUUUUUUGUUCUGUAUUUAAUACUAAAAUUACCCACUAUCACAGUCCUGGGAAGGUCCUUACCUUGUAAGUAUUCUUAUCAUUCAGUUUUCAGUUUACAAUAUGAAAUUGUGGAUAUUUUAUUUCAGAUUAAACUUUGAACACUGGAAAAUCAUCGCUUAGUGAUUUGUAAUUUGGGACUUAGAUUAUUUAUCUAGGGAAGCUGUUCUCUUUGUCAGUGAGUAAUGCUGCGCUGCCAUCCUGGUGACUGUCCUGGCUCAUAGAAAUGCCCUAUGUUCGUCCCUCGAAUGUUGCAUGUUUUCAGUGCUUUGGAAGUUUUGUAUAUUUAUUGUAUUAACACAGAGUGUCAUAAAUAAAAUACUGUUUACUGGA